AUGGUAUUUACGCAAGAGCCGUUUGACCCCAUCACGGUCAAGCCCAACGAAAAAAAACGGGUGGCGUACUUCUACGACUCGGAUGUCGGCAACUACGCCUACGGCGCCGGCCACCCCAUGAAGCCCCACAGAAUACGAAUGGCCCACUCGCUCAUCAUGAACUACGGUCUCUACAAGCACAUGGAGAUCUACCGGGCCAAGCCUGCCACCAAGCAGGAAAUGUGCCAGUUCCACACGGACGAGUACGUCGAUUUCCUGUCGCGCGUCACUCCGGACAACAUGGAGCACUUUGCUAAGGAGCAGGCAAAGUUCAACGUCGGAGACGAUUGUCCCGUUUUCGACGGUCUGUUUGAAUUCUGCGGAAUUUCCGGCGGAGGAUCUAUGGAGGGAGCCGCCCGGCUUAACAGAGGCAAGUGUGAUAUUGCCAUCAACUGGGCCGGAGGACUCCAUCACGCAAAGAAAUCCGAGGCGUCCGGAUUCUGCUACCUCAACGACAUUGUGCUGGGCAUCAUCGAGCUGCUCAGAUACCACCCCCGAGUCCUGUACAUUGAUAUCGACGUGCACCACGGAGACGGAGUUGAGGAGGCUUUUUACACCACGGACCGAGUCAUGACGUGCUCGUUCCACAAGUACGGAGAGUUUUUCCCCGGUACAGGUGAGCUGCGGGACAUCGGAGCCGGAAAGGGCAAAAACUACGCAGUCAACUUCCCGUUGCGAGACGGAAUCGACGACACAAACUACAAAAACGUGUUCCAGCCCGUCAUCAAGGCCAUCAUGGAGUGGUACCAGCCCACUGUCGUUGUCCUGCAAUGCGGUGGUGACUCGCUGUCGGGUGACCGUCUUGGAUGUUUCAACCUGUCCAUGCAGGGUCAUGCCAACUGCGUCAACUACGUCAAGUCCUUUGGUUUGCCGGUUCUGGUGGUCGGAGGAGGAGGCUACACAAUGCGAAAUGUGUCAAGGACGUGGACUUUUGAGACCGGUCUGCUUCUCAACAAGAUGGUGGGCCCGGAUAUCCCCUACAACGAUUACUACGAAUACUACGGACCCGACUAUAAGCUCGAGGUGCGACCUUCUAACAUGCAGAAUGCCAACUCUCCCGAGUACCUGGACAAGAUUCUCACCCAGGUGCUUGUCAACCUUGGUCGAACCAAGUUUGCACCUUCUGUGCAGAUGACCGAUGUGCCCCGAGACGCUCCUGAUGAUGGAGAUGAAGAGGAGGACUCGGCCAAGGCCAAGGACACUAAGGGCGGCUCCCAGAUGGCCAUUGACGAGCAGAUUGAGCACCCCAACGAGUUUUACGACGACGAUAACCUCGAGGGUGGAGAUGCCAAGGACAUCAACAACUUCAAGGACAAGGAUGUCGCCAUGGAGGACUAA